AUGUACAUUUUUUCAUUCUUUUUUCAUUCAUUUUUUAUUCUUUUUUCAUUCUUUUUCAUUUUUUUCAUUUUUUCAUUCAUUUUUUUAUUCAUUUUUAUUCUUUUUUCAUUCAUUUUUUCUUCAUCUUUUUCAUUUUUUAAUCUUUUUCAUUUUUUCAUUUUUCUUUUCAUUUUUUUCAUUUUUUCAAUCAUUUUUUUAUUCAUUUUUAUUCUUUUUUCAUUCAUUUUUUCUUCAUCUUUUUCAUUUUUUAAUCUUUUUCAUUUUUUCUUUUCUUUUCAUUCUUUUCAUUUUUUCAUUAUUUUUCAUUCAUUUUUUAUUCUUUUUCAUUUUUUCAUUCCUUUUUCAUUCUUUUUUCAUUUUUUCAAUUUUUUUCCAUUCUUUUUCAUUUUUUCAUUCUUUUUCAUUCAUUUUUAUUCUUUUUCAUUUGUUAAUUCUUUAUUCAUUCUUUUUUCAUAUUUCCAAUCUUUUUCAUUCAGUCUUUUCAGUUCUUUAUUCUUUUUUCAUUCUUUUUCAUUCUUUUUCAUUCAUUUUCUCAUUCCUUUUUUCAUUCUUUUCUUCACAUUUUCUAUAUAUCUUCCUUUUUAA